UGCAUGUUACGUAAAUGCGCCGCCUGUUCCAAUGGGGGAGAAAUUAAAAAGAAACGCUCUCUGUCCCGUCGCUCUUUCCAAGGAGACUGAGGAUCGCUGGGUGUGUAGGUGGGAACACAGCAAGAUAGGAGGAUGAAGAUAGCCGUGAUUGGACAGAGUCUGUUUGGCCAAGAGGUGUACAAAGAGCUGAGGAAAGAUGGCCACACAAUCGUAGGGGUUUUCACUAUCCCUGACAAGGACGGCAAGGCUGAUCUACUGGCCACAGAGGCAGAGAAAGAUGGCGUGCCUGUCUUUAAGUUCCCCCGCUGGCGCGUGAAGGGCCAUGCCAUCCCAGAGGUGGUGGCUCAGUACAAGGCUGCAGGUGCUGAGCUCAAUGUUCUGCCCUUCUGCUCCCAGUUCAUCCCCAUGGAGGUCAUCGACCACCCCAAACAUGGCUCCAUCAUCUACCACCCCUCCCUACUGCCUCGCCACAGAGGAGCUUCUGCCAUCAACUGGACAUUGAUCCAUGGUGACAAAAAGGGUGGGUUCACAGUGUUCUGGGCUGAUGAUGGACUGGACACUGGACCAAUACUGCUGCAGAGAGAGUGUGAUGUUGAACCCAAUGACACCGUCAACACAAUCUACAAAAGGUUUCUCUUUCCAGAGGGAGUCAAAGGCACAGUGGAAGCAGUGAGGCUUAUCGCAGAAGGGAAGGCCCCAAGGAUUACGCAGCCACAGGAGGGGGCCACGUACGAGUGCAUCCAGAAGAAAGACAAUGCUAAGAUUGACUGGAACCAGUCAGCUGAAGCUCUGCACAACUGGAUCAGAGGAAAUGACAAAGUGCCCGGAGCCUGGGCAGAGGUUGAUGGACAGAAAGUGACUUUCUAUGGCUCCACUAUGGUUGAUAUUGGCACAGCUAAAGGUCAGCCCUUUGAGAUACCUGGAGCCAGUCGCCCUGGCAUCGUCACCAAGGCAGGACUGGUACUGUUUGGAAACGAUGGCAAGACGCUGCUGGUGAAGAAUCUGCAGUUUGAGGAUGGGAAGAUGAUUGCUGCAGCCCAAUACUUUUGCUCUGGGAGCAGUGCUGCCGUGGAGCUCACUGAGGAGGAGAACACCUUUGCAGAACAAAUGAGGGUAGUGUGGCAGAGCAUUCUGACUAAUGUGAGCCAGAUUGAAGACUCUACAGAUUUCUUCAAGUCUGGUGCUGCUUCCAUGGAUGUGGUCCGGCUUGUGGAGGAGGUGAAGCUUCGGGCCAACAGUUGCCAGCUGCAGAAUGAGGACAUCUACAUGAACACCACUUUCCAGGAUUUCAUCCAGAUGUGCAUCAGGAAGCUCAGAGGGGAGGAUGAUGAAGAGGAGCUGGUGGUCGACUAUGUGGAGAAGAACAUUAACAACAUGACCAUAAAGAUGCCUCAUCAAUUGUUCAUCGCUGGAGAGUUUAUUGAUGCUGAGGGAGGAAAGACCUACAAGACCAUCAACCCUACUGAUGGAUUGGCCAUCUGCGACGUCUCUCUGGCCCAAAUCAGUGACGUGGACAAGGCAGUGGCUGCCGCUAAGGAGGCCUUUGAAGAGGGACCAUGGGGCAAGAUGAACCCAAGAGAUAGAGGCAGACUAAUCUACAAGUUGGCUGACCUGAUGGAAGAGCACCAGGAGGAACUAGCCACCAUCGAAGCCAUUGACUCAGGAGCUGUGUACACUCUGGCCCUCAAGACUCACGUGGGCAUGUCCAUCCAGACGUUCCGCUACUUUGCUGGCUGGUGUGACAAGAUCCAAGGCAGCACCAUUCCCAUCAAUCAGGCCAGACCAAAUCGAAACCUGACUUUCACCAAGAAGGAACCGAUAGGCGUGUGCGCCAUCGUGAUUCCUUGGAACUAUCCUCUGAUGAUGUUGGCCUGGAAGACAGCAGCUUGCCUUGCAGCUGGAAACACAAUAGUCCUCAAACCUGCACAGGUGACUCCGCUGACAGCCCUGAAGUUUGCAGAGUUGGCAGCUAGAGCGGGACUGCCCAAAGGGGUGAUUAACAUUCUGCCUGGAUCAGGUGCUCUGGUGGGUCAGUGUCUGUCUGACCAUCCUGAUGUUCGCAAACUGGGCUUCACAGGUUCCACUGAAAUCGGUAAACACAUCAUGAAGAGCUGCGCAGUAAGUAAUGUAAAGAAAGUUUCUCUGGAGCUCGGAGGAAAAUCUCCACUCAUCAUCUUCAGUGACUGUGACAUGGACAAGGCUGUACGCAUGGGCAUGAGCUCAGUGUUCUUCAACAAGGGAGAGAACUGCAUCGCAGCUGGCAGACUGUUUGUGGAAGACUCCAUUCAUGACCAGUUUGUGAAGAAAGUGAUUGAGGAAGUCAAGAAGAUGAAGAUCGGUGAUCCCCUGGACCGCUCUACAGACCAUGGCCCUCAGAACCACAAAGCUCACCUUGACAAACUGGUGGAAUACUGUCAGACCGGUGUCAAGGAGAAAGCCACCCUCGUUUGUGGUGGCAAACAGGUGCAGCGACCAGGUUUCUUCUUUGAGCCCACAAUAUUUACUGAUGUUCAGGACCACAUGUACAUCGCCAAAGAGGAGUCGUUUGGCCCUGUCAUGAUCAUCUCCAAGUUCAAGAGUGGUGAGGUGGACGAUGUGCUGAGGAGGGCCAAUGAUACAGAGUACGGCCUGGCAUCGGGUGUUUUCACUCAAGACAUCAGCAAAGCUCUCUAUGUCAGUGAAAGACUCAACGCUGGCACUGUUUUUGUCAACACCUACAACAAGACUGAUGUGGCCUCACCGUUUGGAGGUUUCAAGCAGUCUGGAUUUGGCAAAGACCUUGGACAAGAAGCUCUCAAUGAAUACCUGAAGACAAAGGCAGUGACCAUCGAGUACUAAGUCACAUCAUGGACAGCAGGCAGUGAUGUGUGUGAGAACACUGACAGGACAUACACAGGACAUACACAGAGUGAUAAUGACUAGAAUACUGUAUGUGCCUUAACAUGCUAACUGAACACAUUGAGAUGUUGUAGCCUUUCUAGUUUUCUAGAGUUAUGACCCUGUUGCAGAAUGUUUCUAGGUAGCCCAUAUGUAACUAUGGAAUUUAGUUACAAUUUGUUUAAUCAAACUAUAUUAAUUUCUAAUAUGUCUUACAUUGGGUCAGAAAAGUGUUAAGAAAUGUAACAUUUCCACUAACUGCUUUUGGUUAUCAAUGAAAGCUGUUGAGUAUCUCAUUGUUUGCAGGCCUAUUCCUGGUCUUUGUUCCUGUUCUUGAGGUAGGCAAGAACAUAGUUUAGAUUCUAAAACUUUACAUACUGAUUUCACACAAUCUUAACUUUAUCAUCUUGUUCUGAUGAAUAUAAUCAGAGUUGCCUAUAAAUAAACAUGAUCUGCAAGUAUAUACUGUAAGUUCAUCCUGUCGAGGGGUCUGUCCUAGAAAUACAUACCUAUAAAAACAGUCUGUCAUUGAAGCUGACAAGAAGCAGGAAGAAAAGGUAUAUGUAUCCUUGUGAUUGAGACUUUUUUGUUUGUGAAAAGAAGCGUGGGGCUUAUCAGAGCUAGUUGUCACAGGUAUAUCACAGGAAAGAAUGACAUCAGCGGGAGAAAACUUGAGCUGCUGACACAAAAUAAAAAAAAUAAAUAUGUGAAAUGAUGA